AUGAAGUAUAAUGAUGAGUGCAGUACAUGGAAUUACGCGAAUAUUUCAAUUUCUAACGGGAUACGCCAGAAUGCGUACGCACAUUGCAAUUUUGUACAAUUGUGCACAAUUUGGAAUUACCAAAGUUUCGAAACUGAUGACGAUGGAACGCCAUAA